AUGUCAUAUCAUAUAUUCCCCCUUGCGAAGCUUUCGUGUCUCAAACCUCACACUAUCACAAGAAAUUUGCGGACAGCUCUUUUUUUCCCUGGGCAUGGUGUGCAGCGCGUCGGCAUGAUUGAUUCGUGGAUAGAACGCUUUCCUAAUUCUACCCGGCACUUUCUAAACGAAAUGGAUGAUAUCCUAGGAUAUCGUCUCUCCCGAAUAAUAUGCGACGGUCCAAAUUCACUCCUAAAUCAAACUGAAAACUCACAACCAGCUAUCAUGGCAACAUCAUUACUGAUCCUACGGCUCCUUGAGAUCGAGUUCGGAUUUAAUACAAGAACAUCUGUGGAUGUCACACUCGGACACAGUCUGGGAGAAUUUUCAGCUCUAGUCGCUGGAGGUUAUAUUCAGUUCCGUGAUGCACUCAGACUAGUCCAGCGUCGAGCCGAGAUUAUGGCUCAAUGCACCCACGAAGCGUCAGAGAAAUCCGGUGAAAACUACGGGAUGAUAGCGCUAAUAUGCGAACCAGAGCAUCUUGAUGCUUUACUCAAGUCAAUUUAUGAAUUUCUUGAUUUUCAACCAAACCACUUUGAUAAUGACAAUACAGGCUGUGAAACAACUUCUAUCCGCCAAGUGAUGGUUGCGAAUAUCAACUCCAGGAAUCAGAUCGUAUUAAGUGGUAGCAUUGAGAAGAUCAAAACACUUCUCAUCCAGCUCCGACAAUUUGGGGGGCAUGAUCCCCGCGCAGUGAAGCUAAAAAGCGAGAGCCCUUUUCAUAAUCCCAUCAUGACCCCGGCUGCGGAUUACAUGCGAGACGCUCUAGAAAAAAUCCAAAUCACAUAUCCAAAACAAAUAGCAUGCAUCUCCAAUGUCUCUGGUCUCCCGUUCAAGUCGGAAACUGAUAUUAAAGAUUUGUUAUCUCAACAAUGCAUUAGUACUGUCAGGUGGUGGGACAGCAUCAAAUUUCUAGAUCGAGAGCGGGGGAUAAGAUCCUGGAUUGGACUGGGGCCAGGUAAGGUCGGAAGAAAUCUUGUUGGGAAAGAAGUGGGCAGAGUACAAACUAAGGGUGAUGGUGUGUGGGCCAUCUGCGCUCCCCAGGAUGUUGAAGAUGUUCUACUUGCCUUGGACCAGAUUUAG